UCUGCAACAUAGCAUCGGAAUUAUUCGGUUGCGAGAUUGAUUAAAUAUUCUCACCUGGCCGUGUUUUGAUCUUCAUCUAGUAACAGCUACUACUACUAGUACGUCACCGAAAACAGAACUCAUAAGAUAGAUAACUAAAGAAAAUCUCUUCAGUCUGAUAACCACGAACAAUAGACAAUACAUUCUAAAUUAAACCACAAGGUAAUAAGUCUAAAAUCAAUAGCUGAAAUCUUACAGAAAUUAGUGGUAUACAUAUAUUUAAGAAACUGCACUACUUCCGAAUAUCUGUGUUAAUAUACAAACAAUAAAAGCAAGUAUACCUGCCAAAGUCAAGGUUUUUCAUCGAUAUUGUUCGAUGAUAUUCUACUAAUACCAAACCCCCAGACUCUUGACCUUCCAAACAUAUGUUCUGUAUUUCUUGACACACAACUAGAAACUUACAUACAUUGAAUGGUGUGCCAUAUAAAUGUCCCACCUGAGAGGUUUCGAACUAUUAACUGCUGGACCAUUUAAAGAAUAACAACGAUGAAGUACUUUGUGAUCUGUCUUUUGGCUGCAAUCGUUCUUUUCCAGGCGGCAUCGGGAUUCAAGCGGCGAGUGAUCUAUGUGGUACCAGCCACCACAACGACAGCACCAUUGAACGCCACGGCGACCACCACCGCAGCUCCUGAGGUGGCUUACAAGGUGGUCUUCUGUUCCUGGAAGAACAACUGGUGUCGUCCCGCCUCGAACACCGUGAGCAAUUGCAAGUGGGGCAUCUGCAAGUUCAAUGGAUAAAACUCAAUAAAAGAAACGUUGAUAAUG